AUGAUGACGCAAACCAACGGUCUCGGCAGAUUCGAAAUCGCGUUGUUGGUGGGAACUCGCAAGGGCGGGUUCGUGCUGUCUGGCGGCGCGGAGCGAAAACACUGGGAGCUGUCCGAAGUUCACUGCCGCGGCGGGGAUGUGUACCAUAUAGCGUAUGACGGGCGCAACGGCAGCACCGUUUAUUCCGCGGUCAACUACACGAUUUGGGGCGCGGAAAUCCACAUCAGCCACGACCUAGGUGAGACUUGGACGACUGCCGAGACGCCGCCUAAGUUCACGGAUAGGGACGGAAAGACGCUCAACAAGAUUUGGCACGUCGAGCCGGGCAGGGCCAGCGAACCCGAUGUGCUUUAUGCAGGUGCGGAUCCCGCCUCGCUGUUCAUGAGUGAUGACGGCGGCAUGAACUGGCAGGAGAUACGCAGCGUCGCCGACCAUCCCACGAGCAAACACUGGUUUCCGGGCAUGGGCGGCCUAUGCCUACACAGCAUGGCGCUUGACGAGCUCAACCCGGCGCGUAUGUGGGUAGGCAUUUCGGCUGCAGGGGUUUACGGCACGAGUGACGGCGGCGAGAGCUGGAAGCCGUUGAAUAAGGAGUGCGCGCCGACUUCAUUCCUGAUGAGCGACGAUGGAGGCAAGGUCUGGAUCGACAUUACGGAUGGACUGCCUUCGCGCUUCGGGCUUGCGCUUGGGCUGCACCCGCAUGACCCGAAUAGGCUGUAUGUGUUGCCGGAAGACAAUGCCAUCGCAGACGACGAAGUAGGCGGCGAGUUCCGUAUCGUGAGCGGAAACAAGUUCCGAGUGUUUCGCAGUCGCAACGGCGGCGGAGACGGGGAGGCUCUGACGAAUGGUCUGCCGCAGAAGAACGCCUACCUGCACAGCAUGCGCGAGGGCAUGGCAACAGACAAUCUGGAUCCGUGCGGCGUCUAUGUUGGCACGACGAACGGGCAGAUAUUCUACAGUCGCGAUGAGGGCGACAUCUGGGAGUUGCUGAUAGACAACUUGCCGCCGAUAAACUCGGUGGAGGUGGCGCAGUUCUGA